AUGCCAACACUUCAAUCAACAUCAGAAUUAGCUGAAGAACAAAAAACUGAUGAUCAUACGGCUCAGUUGGAUAUCAAAUCACAUUUACAAUUAUUAAGAGAGCAAGAAAAGGUGGCUCUACAAUCUAUUAAGAAAUUAACUGAAGAAGAAAUGAUUCAUAUUGAUCAAUGGUUAUCUGUGUUACAUCAAACAUAUGAAGAUUGGGAAUAUCCAUCAUCGCAUCGUGUAUUUCAAGCAGUUACAUAUUUUAAUAAUGAACAAAAAUUAUGGUAUGAACAGAUAAAAUCUGAAAUUAAUAAUGAUUGGUCAUGUUUUUGCAAUCGCUUAAAACAACAUAUUCAAGAUCGUCAGAAGACACAAAUUCAUCUUCCAUCAAUGAAUUAUCCAUUAUCCGAUAUUAAUGAAAUAACAUCGAUGGAAAAUUUUAUUGAUACAAAAUUUACUAAAUAUUCUGGUAAAGAUGAUGCCAAGACUUGGUUAUUACAAACAAUGAAUCAAUUUAUACAAUAUGGAUUACGUCGUCUUGAACAAGUUCAAGCUAUACCAUUUUUAUUAAUUGAUGAAGCUUAUUUGUGGUACGUAGAACAUAUUGAUUUAAUCACCAGUUUCGAAUUAUUUAGUAAAUUACUUCUUCAACAAUACUCAUCUACAUCAUCAACAGCACAAAAUAAUACUCCUCAAACAAUUGCUGAUGAAAUUAUUAAAAAACCAACAUAUUUUCGUGGCUCAAAAGACGAUGUUUAUGAUUGGUUAGAUAAAUUAGAACAACGUUUUAAAAUGGCAAAAUGGAAUGACGAAGAAAAAUUACAAUAUAUUUCAAUCCAUUUACAAGAUGAUGCAUAUCGAUGGUGGUCACAAGCAUCUACGACGAUUAAAUCAUGGUCAUCAUUCACUGAAGCCGUUAUAAAAGCUUUUGGAUCAACAAAAGUACAAGAAUUAGCAUUUGAACAAUUAAAAUGGUACAAACAAACGGUUAAUCAAUCUAUUAUGCAAUAUUAUGAUAAAAUUAUUGAACUAUGUAAGAAAGUUGAUCCAGCUAUGCCUGAUUCAUUAAAAUUAAAAUAUUUAAUGGCCGGCAUAAGAGAAUCAUUAAAAUUACAUGUUGCAUUACAAGAUCCAAAAACAACUGACUCAUUUUUAUUACUUGCUAGAAAAAUUGAAGAUACAUUAUCAUUUACCAGUACAAACAAUGCCGUGCACCAGGAUGAGAUUACCAUCAAUGUUACUACAGCUCAAAAGUCGUUAGAACGAACAACUACUUCACAAAAAUCAAGUAACAAUAUUCGACGAAAUAUACCUUCACACGCACAAUCACUGUCACGUCCAAAUUAUCCACGUACUACACAAACUUCGUUUAAGCAAAAUCAAUGUUAUGAACCUUCAAGAUAUUCACAAUAUGCAGAACGAUCAAAUUGCUGUUAUAAGUGUGGUACUUCUGGACAUUAUGUUCUGGAUUGUACCCGUACCCAUUUCGGGUAA